GGGCGGAGCCGGGUUGGGCCGCGGCGGCGGGGCCGUCUCAGGCCGCCGUCCCGCCCCUCCCGUCCGGCCGCAGCCGCCGCCGCUGCCGCCUGGGGCUUGGUUGAAGCAGACGGUGGGUCUGGCCCGGAGUGCGGUGCCGCUGCGGCUGCGCGAAGGGGCAAGCGGGCAGGAAACUUCAGGAUAUAGCACCUGUGAGUCAGAAAAUGGGUAAGAAGAGUCGAGUAAAAACGCAAAAAUCAGGCACUGGCGCCACAGCAAGUGUGUCACCGAAGGAAACCUUGAACCUGACCAGUGAGCUGUUGCAGAAAUGCAGUAGUCCUGCCCCUGGCCCGGGAAAGGAAUGGGAAGAAUACGUACAGAUCCGGUCUCUGGUCGAGAAAAUACGAAAAAAACAGAAAGGUCUGUCUGUUACUUUUGAUGGAAAAAGAGAAGAUUACUUUCCUGACCUAAUGAAAUGGGCCUCUGAAAAUGGAGCUUCUGUCGAGGGUUUUGAAAUGGUUAACUUCAAAGAAGAGGGCUUUGGUUUGAGAGCAACAAGAGACAUCAAGGCAGAAGAGUUAUUUUUAUGGGUUCCACGGAAAUUACUAAUGACUGUUGAAUCUGCUAAAAAUUCAGUUUUGGGGCCCUUGUAUUCUCAAGACCGAAUUCUUCAAGCCAUGGGGAAUAUCACACUGGCCUUUCAUCUGCUGUGUGAGCGCGCCGACCCUAACUCCUUCUGGCAGCCCUACAUUCAGACCCUCCCCAGCGAGUACGAUACGCCUCUCUACUUUGGGGAAGACGAAGUUCGGUACCUUCAGUCCACACAAGCCAUCCACGAUGUCUUCAGCCAGUAUAAGAACACGGCUCGGCAGUACGCCUACUUCUAUAAGGUCAUUCAGACCCAUCCUCAUGCCAACAAACUGCCCUUGAAGGAUUCUUUCACUUAUGAGGACUACAGGUGGGCAGUCUCUUCUGUUAUGACACGACAAAACCAGAUUCCCACGGAGGACGGCUCCCGGGUGACCCUGGCGCUGAUUCCCUUAUGGGACAUGUGCAAUCACACCAACGGCCUGAUCACCACUGGUUACAACCUGGAAGACGACCGCUGUGAGUGUGUCGCCCUGCAGGACUUCCGGGCCGGAGAGCAGAUUUACAUUUUUUAUGGCACUCGGUCCAAUGCAGAGUUUGUGAUCCACAGUGGUUUUUUCUUUGACAAUAAUUCACACGACAGAGUGAAAAUAAAGCUCGGAGUGAGUAAAAGUGACAGGCUGUACGCCAUGAAGGCCGAGGUCUUGGCUCGUGCUGGCAUCCCCACUUCCAGUGUCUUUGCCUUGCAUUUUACGGAGCCGCCCAUCUCUGCCCAGCUCCUGGCUUUUCUCCGAGUAUUCUGCAUGACCGAAGAAGAAUUGAAAGAACAUUUGCUAGGAGAUAAUGCUAUCGAUAGAAUCUUCACCUUGGGCAACUCGGAAUAUCCUGUGAGCUGGGACAAUGAAGUCAAACUUUGGACGUUUCUUGAAGACCGAGCCUCCCUUCUUUUAAAAACAUACAAAACAAAUACUGAGGAAGACAAGUCCUUCUUGAAAAACCAUGACCUUUCUGUUCGUGCAACAAUGGCCAUCAAGUUGCGCUUAGGCGAAAAAGAGAUUCUGGAAAAAGCGGUGAAGAGUGCAGCUGCGAACCGGGACUACUACCGCAAGCAAAUGGAGGAGGGGGCUCCGCUCCCCAAGUACGAGGAGAGCAACCCGGGGCUACUGGAGGGCGGCGUGGUGGACUCAAGGCUGCCGCUGGUCCUGAGGAACCUGGAGGAGGAGGCCGGCGUGCAGGAGGCCUUAACCCUCUCGGAGGCCGUCAGCCGGGCCAAGGCUGCGGAAAACGGGCUCGUCAAUGGCGAGAACUCUAUCCCCAACGGGACCAGGUUAGAAAAGGAAGAUUUAAAUCAAGAGCAAAGUAAAAGAGCGACUGAAGACGCCAAAGAACCUUCUUCAGACAGCACUGAGGAAGUUAAAGAGUAGCUCCGAGGAUGCCCAGUCUGCGGGGGAGUCAGCUUCGCAGACGUCCGCGGACAGUCCACUCACAUUGCUGUGUUUCCUGUUCACGUUUUUGGUUUUUGUUUUUUCUGCAGAGAGGAAAAUAUGUUUUUGCUGCUUUAUAUAAAAAUAAUUUUUUUAAGUUAUUUAAAAAAGGUCUAGCUUCCCUUUUUGAUUAAGAUUGCCAUCUUGCUUUUAGGCAAAACAAAGAAGUUAACAAACCGUGGCAGCAAGGGGGACAGAGGUGGCUUGGAAGAUUUUGCAGACCCAUUGUGGGCAAAUGUGUUUUCUUCCUGGGGACGAAUCCGGCUCCUCCGUCAGCUGUGCUUUUGUGGGCCUGUCAGCUUGACAACCAGAAUGAAAGCCGGCUCUGCCGCCUGCCAGCAGGACUGGAUGGCGGAGCUCUGGGUCCGUGUGCUGGUGGGGCAGUUGCACAGCAGAGAACAGGCUUGAGGUUUGGAAACUUGAGAGUCUGGGCAAAAAAUUUUUUUUUCCUAAAACUAUAACACCCCAGUACCAAAAGAAAAGGUAAGGUGGCAACCUCGUUUUUAAUAGUUUUAAAUGUUGAUAAUCCUAAUUAUAUAAAUACACACACACACACACACACACACACAUCUAGUGAUUUCUAAAGAUUUGUUUACUUUUUGUGUUUUGUUUUACUGUAUUAAAACUUGCCCUUUCUUCUUGAAUCAAAGUAGGACAUGCAUCAUCUUCCUAAUUUUAACUGUUGGCUCUGAUUUUAAAGUGAUGCAUUUGAUUUCCAGCUUCAGAGACGGAGAGUUUGCAGACCCAGUGGCCACAGCCCUCCGGCCAGGUUCAAAGCGAGGUGGCUCCCGGCUCUUCCGGUUUUCAUAACAAGCUAGAGAUUUUCAGAGCUACACUUUUGAGUAAAAGGCCUUAUUAAAAUGAAAACAUGGUUAA